ACUCUCCCUUGCUUUGCAAGAUCUUUAAAUAACCUAAAUCCGCAAACUGCCUCCCAAAAGCGCGGAGAAAAGCCAUGGCCAGAAAGGCUUACAACGCUCAAGCCCAUUCUCUAUGUCUUCUUGUACUUGUCAUCGUCGACGCCGCCGCUGCAAGAGGCGACGUCGUCUCUGCUAACGCCUCCGGGGAGGCGAUGGCGCAGCGAGAAUUUGAUUACUUCGCCCUGGCUCUACAAUGGCCUGGCAGCUACUGCCAAAGGACACGCCAUUGUUGCUCUUCCAGUGCAUGCUGCCAGAGAGAAGUGAUGGUGGCUCGACGACCUUAUAUGUAUCGUCAUAGGGGACCUCAAGAUGAAAGGAGUAUGGAUCAUGAGCAGAAUGCCACUGAUGACAUUAAUAUGGAGGAAGGGAGGGAGCUACCAAAAAUAACUGAACCUCAGAGGAACAAUAGUAUGGAGUCAUUCACUCAGAUGAUGGAAGCGAUGACUCAGAUGAUUAGAACUUCCCAAAAUCAGGCCAGUGGCAGAGGAAGUGGAGGUUGACCUAUGGAUAAGAGCCUGAAGUUGUUUCAGGA